AACUGCUGAGUGGCACUGACGGUUCAUUUCACAUAUAUUACCAAUGUCGAAAGUUUCGGUUCGCAAAAGUCUACUGAGAUCGUUUGUGCAUCUCUUUUCCAUAAGUCGCAUAAUGACAUCUAUUUGCGGGUCAUCUUCUGCCAUUUGGCCUGCUAAUCAUACGAAUCUCCCGGAAAGUGUUUUCGCCCAGCAGAUGCUGCAACAAUGUCGCCAAAUGAAAAAACCUAACGUUUCGGUGGAUCUGAAUCAUUUUGAAGCUAUAUCAGAGAAGUUUCCCGCCAAGUUUGGCAUCGAUACCUGCCGGGUGAAAACUCAACCGGCGGAUCGAAGUCAACACAUACGGAAACAGAUCGCAUCCGCAUAUCCGGUGAUCCACGAACGGACCCUCUUGCUCUACAUCAGUUUCUUGGAGCACAAGCUCAAGUUCGGCAGCGAGCAGGAAAAGGCAAUCUACAAGGACAUGACUGUGGUUGACUUUGUGCAGCGCCUUCUGGCGAAGAGAUGUGUGUGGUUUUUUGGCAGUGACGACUACUACCACACAAUGGAUGGAAAAAUUGGACACGAGGGCUUCGAGGAGGUGGGCACUCCCGCCGAAAAGGAUCCCCUCACUCUGACCUCGGUGCUCAGCUACGAUGAGAUCAAGCUGGCCGCCCUGCUUUACGUGUCCUGCCACUCGGAGUUUAUCAACAAUGGGAGAAGAGCGAAUGCUGGUGAGGUGACCCAGAACAAGGACACAAUCGAACGGGAGGGCGUGAUCAUUGGACUGAUUGGAGCUCGCUUCGAGCGCCCCGAUGUGAUGGAGUACCAGGAUAUCAUGAUUACCGAAACCCAAAACACUCAGGCCAAAGGUUAUGGAUUGAGCACGAUGUCCAGUGAGACUGCCGCACCUGCAUCCGAUUUUCGUAGAAUCUGGCGAGAGUUCUACGAGGAACCCAGGGACUUUAUUUACGGAGACACUCCCCGUGAUAACGGGCGUUUCGAAAAGGUUUUUGAGGGCUUAUUCGAUCACCAGGUUAUGCGCAAGCGAUAUGCCAUCAGUUUCGACACCCUGCUUUUGGAGGCACAGGAUAGAGCAUUCAAGGCUGGGAAGCCCGCCUAUAUCCAUGUGGUGGGCAUCGGACUGGGCGUUUGGAAGGCGGCUAGUCAGCAGGAGCGCACCUUCUUUGAAUCAUUUGAGGGACGAUUGCGGGCACUUGGCGAACGCCUUAGCCACAUCGGAGUGGUGCACUUCUCCUGGUUCCAUUUGCCGAGAGUGGGCAGCUUGUACGACGGAGCCACUUUUCCCGUGGACAAACAUCCCCAAGGUGGCAUUCGCAUCCGAAAUUCGGCAAGAAAUCCCGGCGACAAACUUACGGAGGACAUGCUGCCCGUGGUGACCUACGCCUGGGAUGGAAAUGCCCUGCCUGGCAACGAAUUUUGGGCGAAUAUGCUAGUUAGCACCGGGGAUCCAGCAGCAGCCUGCUCCACACUGAUCUCUGAGCUGCAAAAUCCCCAAAUUAAUGUGGAGUACAUGAAUGGAGCCAAUCUGCACAUUGCAUCCGUGGAACACGGCUUGCUCCAUGUGGGUGAUUACGCUAGGCGACUGAUUCCCUAAAAACUAUGUGCACAUGCAUGUUUCGUACUACAUAUUCUUUGAAAUAUUAUAUAUUACGAUAGUGGGGGACUGAUAA